CUCACUCUACUGAACACCUUAUCUUCUCCGUCUCUUAAAAAUGGCUUCAAUUGACUCCACUGAGAACCCCCAAAACGACGCCGUCAAGCCCCAACCCGACAUUUCCGGCGACACACCUCUCUCUUCCUCCGACUCCGAGUCCGAAACCGAACCCGACUCUGAAUCCGAACCCGACCCGACCGGCCAACCCGAACCCAUCGACUUCAACGACAACUCGGAGGCAGUCAACACGAGAAUACUCUCCGACAUUCUCGACUCGCCGUCUCGCAAGAAGGAGCAGCUCGAAGAAGACGGAACGGUCCGGUAUCUAUCGGACCGGUACAAUUUCCCGGUAGACCGGGAGAAUUGGACCGAGUCGGACUUGAGAGAGUACUGGGCCGACGGCCCGCUCUCGACCGGAAAGCCGGGCUGGGACCCGGCUUUUGUCGACGAGGAGGAUAUUAAUGCAAUUAGGGAUGAGGUGGAGGCGGGCGGGGACCCGCCAAUUGCGCCCUUUUAUGUUCCGUAUAGGAAGUCGUAUCCGGUGAUACCCGAUAAUCAUUAUGAUAUUAGGAGCCCGAAGGCGGUUGUGGAGGAGUUGGAUAGGAUUGAGGAGUUUUUGCAGUGGGUGAGCUUCAUUUUCAAGGACGGGAGCUCGUAUGAAGGCACUGUGUGGGAUGACUUGGCGCAUGGGAAAGGUGUUUAUGUUGCUGAGCAAGGACUGGUCAGGUAUGAAGGGGAAUGGCUUCAAAACAACAUGGAAGGUCAUGGGGUUGUUGAAGUUGAAAUACCUGAUAUAGAACCAGUGCCAGGUUCCAAGCUUGAAGAAGAAAUGCGUGCUGAAGGAAAAAUAAUAAAAAGGGAUUAUAUGACUCCAGAAGACAGAGAAUGGCUGGAGAAGGAUAUUGAAGAUAGUGUUCGUUUGGCUGGAGAUAAUUAUGAAAUACCUUUUUAUGAGAAUGAUGAAUGGAUCAGACAAUUCGGAAGCAAACCGGAGAAAGGCCGCUACCGGUAUGCUGGCCAAUGGAAACAUGGAAGAAUGCAUGGAUGUGGUGUGUAUGAAGUCAACGAGCGUACAAUAUAUGGCCGCUUCUAUUUUGGAAACCUGAUGGAGGAAGAACAUGGUUGUGAUGCAAAUGUCUCAUCGGUGCAUUCAGGUAUAGCAGAAGUUGCUGCCGCAAAGGCACGGAUGUUCAUCAAUAAGCCCGAUGGAAUGGUUAGAGAAGCGAGGGGUCCUUACAAUGAUCCUCAACAUCCAUAUUUGUACGAGGAAGAGGAUGUUUGGAUGGCGCCAGGCUUCAUCAACCAGUUUUAUGAAGUACCAGAUUACUGGAAAACAUAUGUGCAGGAUGUAGACGAAGAAAGGGAGAUGUGGUUGAACUCUUUUUAUAAAGCUCCAUUAAGGCUUCCUAUGCCUUCGGAGCUUGAAUAUUGGUGGGAGAAUGUGGAAACAAGGCCAGAAUUUAUUCUCAUUAACAAGGAACCAGAGCCUGAUCCUGAAGAUCCAUCAAAGCUCAUAUACACUGAAGAUCCCCUUAUUCUACAUACCCCAACUGGAAUGAUAAUCAAUUAUGUGGAUGAUAAGGAACAUGGUAUCCGCCUAUUUUGGCAACCACCAUUGAAAGAGGGUGAAGAACCUGACCCAGAAAAGGCACAUUUCCUACCCCUUGGAUAUGAUGAAUUUUUUGGACGAGAUGAUAAUGUUGAACCCACCAUAUGGAUGCGAAUCUCGAAAGGAAUUGAAAAUAAAUUGAAAUCGGCAGUUGAUAAAUUAGGCAAGUUGAGUGAAGAGAAGAAAAAAGAUCGAGAUUUGACAAUAGAGCUGGUUAAAAAGGAAUUUGAACUAGCAGAAGCAGAAUUGACUCUUAAAGAGGUUAUUGAGGACAUGGAUGAGGAGUUGAAGCAACUGCAAGAAGAGGAAGAGAAGAAAUUGGAGGAGGACGUGGAAGAGGCUGUGGAGGAGGUCGGAGGUGAAGAGCAAGCUGCUGAGGAAGAGAAAACUACGGGGCAAGAGGUAGACAUUGAGGAGGAAGAUGAGGAAGAUGAGGAUGAUGAAGACGAACCUUCUAGUUUUGGCUCAGCUAUCAAACUGGAUUCACCAGACAAAGAUAAAAAGGGAACAGAAGAUGGAAGGUCGCCAUUUGCUGCAGCUUCUUUAUCAUUGACUCCUAGCUUUGUUUCGGCGGUUUCUACUCAAUUGCGGCGGCCAUUUUCAACAUGGAAGGGAAUCAGUAUGCUGAAGAACCCUUUAUCACCUUUACUUAAGUCGCAGGCCUAUCCUUCUCUAGUUGCUUGCCAGAAGUCGCCAUCAAAUACACAGCAUUGUUCACCAAGCUCCGUCAGUUUUCCUCACAUGUCACAACAAAGUUGGAAGGUAAGAGCAGUGAAGCAGACACAUCUCCAUGCCAAGCCUGUCACUAAGACAAGAAUGAGAACUCGUUCAAAGCACAAGUCCAAGCAUUCCAAUUGCACUGAUUUAGGUAGCAAUCUAAACGUAUUAUCAUUGUGCAUCCCAGUAUAGAUUCAUCUGUUGUGUUUUAUACAUCUUAAUCAUACAAACAUCUGCAGAAAUGCAUCUGUUGUGCAAGUCUUUUAAGCAGUACAUUUUUUUGUGUAGACCAGUUUGGCCUGGUCCGAGAGUAGCAUCAAAAUUGAUGAGCCGAUACACUUCAUUUUUUGACAAUCGAGGCUUAAAUUGACUAGUUUUAUUACUUUGCA